AUGAAGCUUGUCAAGAAAGCCCCUCCUCCAGAUCCUCGCAUGACCCUCGCAAGAGACAUCGAGAUCCUCACGGGGCAGUGGCCAUGGCAGUGGACGAGUGAAACGUUCGAGCCCAAGAAGUGGACUGUCGCCAUGAUGAGGGACCUGCGGGAUCUGAUCAAGGGGUAUCAGGGCAGGUACAAUCUGAACUUCGAUGGAGCGGGACAAGAACAAUCCAAAGCUCAGCAGAGUGAUCUGAGCAAUGCCCUCAAGCAUUUUGGUCUCGAGACCAGGAAAGAAAAGAAGCAACAGCAAGUGUCUGUUCCCUGCGAGAAUACCGCCGCGGCGCCAGUCGCGGUUGAGGAUACGCCGCCGGAGACACCAAGUGUUGUGUCACCGGCUUCUCCGGCGCCGUCUUCCUCAUCGGUCGUGUCCGAGUACGCGUCGGCGUCCUCUCCUGUUUCGAGGGCGUCGAGUGUCACGACGGUCACGGCGGAUUCUCCAAGGGCUACGCGUGCGGAGUCAUCAUGUCCAACCGUCCGCGAAGAUCAAGUAGACGCGACGAUGCAAGAUGACUCCAUGUUUGUGGAAAAAGUUUCAGAUUUCCCUGAAUACAGGAGCUCCAGCGCCGAUAAGGGAGAGGACUGCAAGUCCCCUAAAUCAAAGCCAUCGUCUCAACCUGGAGGCAUGGAGUCUGAAUCCUCGGUGCAACCUCAACCUGAGGAGGCAGCUGAAACUGUUGAACGGCCUGAAGCUCACGUCACAGAGUCUGUAGAGACAGAGAUGCAGAUCGACUCUGACGAGCCCGUCCACGAACCUGUUUCUGAAAACGCUACAGAAUCAAACUCGAACUCGCCACAGCCACAAUCAACUCCUUCACUCCCUUCAACCCCAGAGGAUAUCAUCAAAAGUCUAGAACUCCUCGAACUCCAAGAAAAAUCCGAAGGAGAAAGACUCACACCCCUCCUCACAACCUCCAAAACCAAAGUCCAGGCCACAGAGUCCGCCAUGGCAGCUACACAAGGCCCCAACAGAAAACUCCAAGCCCUGUGCGAAAACCUCAAGAUCUUCCAAGCAAGAGAGGCAGAAAUCAUCGAGAGCCUGGAAAUUCUAAAAAAGACCCUUGAACAGCAAAACGUUCAUCCAGAGUCUGAUGAGUACAGACGAACUCUGCUUUAUCCCAACUCAAAACUGCAGCACUGCGAGACUACGAUACUUAAUGUGCAGAAGGAAAUUUCGGAGGAAUUUCACAAGGCGACGGAUAGAGAGAUUGAGAUUAGGGGACAGCUUGAGAAGGAGUAUGCUGAGUUUCAGGAACUGCAGGAGAAGGAGAGGGGAAUCUGUCGCAAGGUGCAGUAUUACAGCUUGAUAGCCUCGCUUCUGAGGCUUGGUCCUCUGGGACUGGAUAGCUUGCUGUUUAAGCUGCGGUACAGUGGUGUUGAUAUGGUUGGUGAAGUCAACAAGAACCCGUCGAAUGCCGUGCAGGAUCACGUCAUGACCUAA